UUGAUCUAAACACACAUCAAAAGACGGAUACUGAAACUGUUGUUCUUUCUUUCCCCCCUUUGAAUCGGGAAGAUCGAAAGAAGAAAUGGGUACAGAAGGAUCAAGUGUUGUUGUGCCCAGGAAUUUCAGAUUGCUAGAAGAGCUUGAGAGGGGCGAAAAGGGAAUUGGCAAUGGAACUGUUAGCUAUGGGAUGGACGAUGCUGAUGAUAUAUACAUGCAGUCAUGGACUGGGACUAUUAUUGGCCCUCCUAACACUGUUCAUGAAGGACGCAUAUACCAAUUGAAACUGUUUUGUGGCAAGGAUUAUCCAGAUAAUCCACCAAGUGUGAGGUUUCAAUCACGGAUAAAUAUGACCUGUCUAAAUCAGGAAACCGGAGUGGUUGAACCUAGCCUUUUCCCCAUGCUUGCUAAUUGGCAAAGGGAGUAUACAAUGGAGGAUAUAUUGACUCAGCUGAAGAAAGAAAUGAUGUCUCCACAGAACAGGAAGCUAGCUCAGCCUCCUGAAGGCAAUGACGAGGCAAGGGUCGAGCAAAGGGGUUUAGCAUUGAAGUGUUGCAUCUUUUGAAAUCACUGUAGUUGUAUGUGAACAUUAUGUAUAUAAGAAAAUACAUACACUAGGUCAUUCCAGCAACCGGCUAAGCACAAAAAUGCCAAUGGCGGUGAAAUAAAAUGAAACUUCCUAACGAAGUUGAUGACCUUCAAAAACUGUAGGACUGUGCUAAUAUCGAAUCUUAUUUGGCGAGAGCAUUUCGUUUUUCUCUUGUUUCCUCGUUUUUUUUCGUUUCCAUUUGAUGUAAUUUAGGUCGUAUCGGAGGACAACACUGAGGUCGGAAUCUUUACGGGUUUGAGAUAAGUGUUGUAUUCCUUCUAUGUAUGUGCUUUCUCUUUGAUAAUGAGAAAAUUGUACCAUCAAAGUUUAUUAUUUCCAA